AUGGGUUUCAAGAACCGCGAGGUGUUCUAUAACACGGACUGGGAUGUCGUCGCAAAGAACCCAGAGGCCAUGGGCAAGAUGGUUGGGGACUGGGUCAUAUACCACGAUCCAGAGCAGUAUGCCUACAACUCAUAUAAGAGCUGCGCAGACCAUACAUUGAACGGCGAACGUUUCGAGCACAGGAAUGCUGUGCCAGGAUAUACAUACAAACCCUGGACUGUCAAACAGCUCCUUGAGGCCUCCAGCACAGGGAAGCCUAUCGUUGAUGAAGGGAUAUGGGAUUAG